AUGUUCCUCCUUGCCAUGUUGGUGUUUUUCUGUGCAGCAAAGGCUGCACCGAGCGCCAACGUCUCCACUCCGUGCCCACGCGCGUGCAAAUGCGYGCCCGAGACGGUGACGCGCUGCAGCAGAGCCGGGCUCAGCGCCCUGCCCGCAGAGCUAGCUGCCUCCACCGUCUCCCUGAACCUCUCGCACAACUACCUGCGGAUGCUGAGCCCCAACGCCUUCGGGAACCUGACCUCCCUCCACCGCCUCUGGCUAGACGGGAACAGCCUGACGUUCCUGGCACCGGGAACCUUCCUGGCUCUGGGGCAGCUGCGGGAGCUGCACCUCGGCGGCAACACGCGCCUCACCUCCCUGCACCCCAAUGCCUUCCGCGGGCUGCGAAACCUCACCAGCCUCGACCUGUCCCGCUGCAACAUCUUUGAAAUCCACCCGCUGCUCUUCUCCCACCUGCCCUCCCUGGAAAAGCUCAACUUGGCCUCCAACAACAUGCGCUAUGUCCCGCAGGCCUUCGGGAACCUCUCCAACCUCGCCACGCUGUCGCUGGAGGGAAACCACAUCGAAGCGGUGGGACGAGAGUCCCUGCGGGACCUGGGUGCCCUGCAGGAGCUCAACCUGAGGAGGAAUCGCAUCUGGACCAUCCAGGCGGGCGCCUUUGCCAAGCUCCUCCGGCUAGGAGUGUUAAAUUUAGGCCACAACCACAUCGCCCAUUUGCCUAAUCGGCUUUUUGACAGCUUGAUCCAGCUCAGAACCCUGCACCUGGAAGCCAACAGGCUCACGGGCAUCGGCUGCACCUUGGGACAGCUGCCCAACCUGAGGAGCCUCUACCUCAACAACAACCAGCUCUCCUCCCUGGCCCGCUCGGCCUUCACCCGCUCCACCAAGCUGCACUUGCUCCACCUCAGCAAGAACCASCUCAGCUCCCUCCCCGCCGGCCUCUUGGCCAAGCUGCCGCGCUUGAAGCACCUCUUCUUGUCCCACAACCCCUGGCGCUGCGACUGCCGCCUCUUCUGGGCCUUGCGGCGCCCCGCGGGCUCCGUGGAGGGCCUGCCCUGCACCUUCCCACCAGCCGSCCUCCUCCAUGCAGACGACUUCGCCAACUGCCCCCUGCCACCGAAAGCGGCCACCGAGGACGAGUGUGGGGUGGUCGGUGGGGCCCCAGGGCCAUGCGGGCACCCAGUUGGGCUGCUACCUGCAGCGCUGGCUGCUCUGGCAUGGGGCUUGGUGGGCAGGAGUGGCACCRGGAUGGCCACGCUAUGA